GUGGACGUGCGCCAUGACACUGGCGCUCAACGUCGCCCCCUCUUCUCAAGCUAUGAGUCGGUCCAUGAUGCCGUUUGGACUGAUGCGUCGGGAGCUGGCGUGCGAGGGCUACCCCAUCGAGCUGCGCUGCCCAGGAAGUGACGUCAUCAUGAUCGAGGCUGCCAACUACGGACGCACCGACGACAAGAUCUGCGAUGCCGACCCCUUCCAAAUGGAGAACGUGCAGUGCUACCUGCCCGACGCAUUCAAGAUCAUGUCACAGAGGUGUAAUAACCGUACCCAGUGUGUGGUGGUGGCUGGGGCGGAUGCCUUCCCUGACCCGUGUCCGGGGACCUACAAGUACCUGGAGAUUCAGUACGAGUGUGUGCCCUACAAAGUGGAUCAAAAAGUCUUCGUGUGUCCGGGCACGCUGCUGCGCGUGCAGGCGGCGAGCUCGCAGCAGGAGGCGGAGCAUCAGUCGGGGGCGUGGUGUAAGGACCCGCUGCAGUCGGGGGACCGCCUCUACGUCAUGCCCUGGACGCCCUACAGGACGGACAUGCUGUACGAGUACGCCUCCUGGGAGGACUUCCGGCAGAACCGAGCCACCACCACCUACAAGUUACCGAACCGGGUGGACGGCACGGGCUUCGUGGUGUACGACGGCGCCGUGUUCUAUAACAAGGAGCGCACGCGCAACAUUGUCAAGUACGACCUGCGCACGCGCAUCAAGAGCGGCGAGGCCAUCAUCGCUAACGCUAACUACCACGACACCUCGCCCUACCGCUGGGGAGGGAAGUCCGACAUCGACCUGGCCGUGGACGAGAACGGACUGUGGGUCAUCUACGCCACCGAAUCCAACAACGGACGCCUCGUCGUCAGCCAGGUGAACCCGUACACCCUGCGCUUCGAGGGCACCUGGGAGACGAGCUUCGACAAGCGGCUGGCGUCCAACGCCUUCAUGGCGUGCGGCGUGCUGUACGCGGUGCGCUCCGUCUACCAGGACGACGACAGCGAGGCGGGCGGGGACCUGAUCCUCUACGCCUACAACACCAACCGGGCGCGCGAGGAGCCGGUGCACAUCCCCUUCCCCAACCCCUACCAGUACAUCUCCUCCGUGGACUACAACCCGCGAGACAACCAGCUCUACGUCUGGAACAACUACAACGUGCUGCGCUACCCGCUGGAGUUCGGCCCGCCCGACCCAUCCUCUGGUGAGCCCGUCUACACCGCCACUCCGGCGAGCAGCACGGCGGCGGCGCGCCCUCUGACCUCCACGUCCAGUGCGGCCACCGUGCGGCCCCUGCCCCCCACCUCCCACCCCAUAGGAGCCAUCAACAAGGGGCCCGACCUGAGGCCCCCCGCCACGGCCACCGUGGCCCCCGCCGCAGGCACCCGCCGGCCUCAGAGGCCCCCACCGCCACCCCAACCCCCGGCACCUCCAGCGGCCCCCCAGGGCAUCGAAACCAACGUGUGUGUGACUACGGUGGUGCGAGGGGUGCAGUGGCCUACCACGCAGAGAGGAGAGACGGUGGACCGGCCCUGCCCGAAAGGAUCGCUGGGUAUUGCAUCCUACCAGUGUCUGCACUCCCCGGUGGUGUGGAACCCUCGUGGGCCUGAUCUCAGCAACUGCACCUCUCCCUGGGUCAACCAGGUGGCUCAGAAGAUUAAGAGCGGUGAGAAUGCGGCGAACAUCGCGGCGGAGCUGGUGAACCACACAGGGGGGCGUAUCCACGCGGGCGACGUCAGCUCCUCCGUACGCCUCAUCGAACAGCUGCUCGACAUCCUGGACGCCCAGCUGCAGGCACUCAAACCCGGACUCAAGGAGUCAGCCGCACGCAACUAUGGCAAGCUGCAGAAGAGAGAGAAGACCUGUCGCGCAUACAUCCAGGCGGUAGUGCAGACGGUGGAUAACCUCUUGCGGCUGGAGGCCCUGGAGUCUUGGAUGGACAUGAACAGCACGGAGCAGGCCCACACUGCCACCAUGCUAUUGGACGUCAUGGAGAAAGGAGCCUUCCUAUUGGCCAACAACAUGUACGGAAACCGCUUCGCAGACCGCGCCAACAACAUCGAUCUGGAGGUGCACGUGAUGAACACAGAGUUGGAUCUGCAGGACUUGUCCUUCCCCCAGAACUACAGCAGUGACAGCAGCAUCCAGCUGUCGGCCUCCACCGUCAAGCAGUACAGCCGCAACGGUCAAGUGAAGGUGGUGUUUGUGCUGUAUAAGAAUCUGGGAGCCUUCCUGUCAACGGAGAAUGCGUCCGUGAAGAUCGAGGUGGGCUCAGGCUCGGAGGGGCGGUCUCUAGCCGUCAACUCUCACGUCAUCGCAGCCUCUAUCAACAAGGAGUCCAGUCGUGUCUUUCUGACCGAGCCAGUGGUCUUCACUCUCAAACACCUACAGCUGGAGAACCACUACAGUCCCAACUGUUCCUUCUGGAACUAUUCGGAGCGCAGCAUGACGGGCCAGUGGUCGUCUCAGGGCUGCCGGCUACUGGACACCAACAGCACCCACACCACCUGCUCCUGCUCGCACCUGACCAACUUCGCCCUCCUCAUGGUCCAGCACGAACCAGACUACCCGCGCAGCAUGCAGGAGUUGCUGUUGUUUGUGAUAACGUGGGUGGGCAUGGUGAUCUCUCUGGUGUGCCUGGCCAUCUGCAUCUCCACCUUCUGCCUUCUGCGCGGCCUGCAGACGGACCGCAACACCAUCCACAAGAACCUCUGCAUCACGCUCUUCAUCGCAGAGCUGCUCUUCCUCAUCGGCAUCAACAAGACCGACUACCCCGUGGCGUGUCCGAUCUUCGCGGGCCUGCUGCACUUCUUCUUCCUGGCCGCCUUCUCCUGGCUCUGCAUGGAGGGCGUGCAGCUCUACCUGAUGCUGGUGGAGGUGUUUGAGAGCGAGUACUCGCGGAAGAAGUACUACUACCUGUGUGGCUACUGCUUCCCCGCCCUGGUGGUCGGCAUCUCGGCCGCCAUCGACUACAAAAGCUACGGCACCAAGAAAGCGUGCUGGCUGCGAGUGGAUAACUACUUCAUCUGGAGCUUCAUCGGCCCCGUGUCCUUCAUCAUCAUGCUGAACCUGGUGUUCCUGAUGAUCACGCUGCAUAAGAUGGUGCGCAACUCCUCCGCCCUCAAGCCUGACUCCAGUCGCCUCGACAACAUCAAGUCCUGGGCGCUGGGUGCCAUAACCCUGUUGUUCCUGCUGGGUCUGACCUGGGCGUUCGGCCUGCUCUUCAUCAAUGAGAACACCAUCAUCAUGGCCUACCUCUUCACCACCUUCAACGCCUUCCAAGGCAUCUUCAUCUUCAUCUUCCACUGCGCACUGCAGAAAAAGGUGCACAAGGAGUACAGCAAGUGUCUGCGCCACUCGUACUGUUGCAGUCGAACCUCCACCACCAGCUCCCACGGCUCACUCAAGAACUCGGCGCUCAGAGCCAACAACCGAUACUACAGCUCUAGCAGUCAGGUAGCACACACACAUGCAUGCACGCACCCAGGUAGCCGUAUCCGUCGCAUGUGGAACGACACGGUGAGGAAGCAAACGGAGUCCUCCUUCAUGGCCGGAGACAUCAACACCACCCCCACUCUCAACCGAGCCACCAUGGGUAACCACCUGCUGACCAACCCUGUGCUGCAGACGCGCUCAGGCACCUCGCCCUACAACACCCUCCUGGCUGAGAGCUUCACGCCCCCCUCCCCUGGCGUCUUCAACUCCACCGGGACCUUCCGCGAUCCAAAGAGCACCCUGGUUAAGAACCACAGGGACCCGUGCGGCAUGGAGACCCUUCCCCUGAACGGCAACUUCAACAACAGCUACUCGCUGCGCAGCGUGGGCGUAGGCGGUCCCGGUGUCGGUCCAGCGAGUGGUGGCGGCGGGCCGGCAGGUGGCGGCAGCUGUGACUUCCUGGGGGGCGGCGGGGGCCCCGAGAGCCCCCCUCCCCUGCUGAACCCGCGCGGCUCCGAGACGCUGGGCGGAAUACGCCGGAACCUGUCGGACGCCGCCGCCUUCGAGAAGAUGAUCAUCUCCGAGAUGGUGCACAACAACCUCCGCGGCGGUGGAGGAGGAGGAGGAGGUCACGGAGGAGGAGGAGGUCAUGUGGCAGACCGACUAGUGUAUGGCAGCCUAGCCAGGCACGGAGGCGGACACCCCCACCCGCACCCACACCCGCACCCACACAUGCGGGCAGUCGGGAUGGGCAUGGGGAUGAGCAUGGGCAUGAGUGGCGACGCGGGCAUGAUGGGGCUGGACGACGAUGAGGAUUAUCUCUGUGGCGGCGGUGGAGGCCUCCAGAGGACGCCGCCGGACGUGGAGCUGCUCUACAAGGCCCUGGAGGAGCCCCUGCUGCUGCAGCGCGCCCAGUCCGUGCUCUACCAGAGCGACCCCGACGAGUCCGAGAGCUACACGCCCGACCUCACCGAGAGCCUGGGCGCUCACAGCGUGGGCGCGGGCAGCAGCAGCGGCUGCGGCGGCGUGGGCAGCAGCAGCGGAGGAGGAGGGCACGGAGGUGGGCCCGACUCGCCGGCGCGGGACUCCCUCUACACCAGCAUCAGCAACCUGCGCGGCGGCGGCGACUCCUCGCCACCGUACCCGGACAGCAGCCCCGAGCCCCUGGAGGUGGUGCCGCGCUCCGCCCAGCCGCCCGAGGAGCUCUACUACAGCUCCGGCCGGCCCGCGCACCUCGGCUCCCGCGGCGCCCCCAUGCAGACCUUCUACCAGGCGGCGGCGCCACCCGGAGGCGUGGUGGCGCCACCGCCGCCGCGCAGGCCCAGCCAAGCUGCCCAGGAGGCUCAUAUCGGGGGAGCGCAGCAGCAGGAGGCGACGCAGACCUCCUCGUCCUCCUCGUCCUCCACCAACGCCGCUCCUCCCUCCUCCUCCUCCAACACCUCCUCCAACAACCACCCGGAGGGAGACGGACAGAUGCAGCUGGUCACUAGCUUGUGA